AUGCCGGUUGCGCCGAUCUAUCCCGUCUUCGUCGAUGGUCCUGUGGUGACGACCGAGCCCUUGCCGCCUCUCGAGGGUGGUAGCAAGCACUUCUCGACAGAGUGUGCGGUCCACAACUUCCGCCCUACCAAUUUGCUCGGUGAAACGUACCGUAACUAUGAGAAUUCAUCAAGACAGAAAACAGUAGAACUUAAUUACAAGAAACAACACGAAAACAUGACGGUUGACACAGUCCGUAGACUGCACAAAAAGUGGCUCGGAUUUGAUCACGGUCAGUACACCAUCAUGGAGAUCCUACACGAGUUAGAUCACCUCGUGGACGACAGCGAUCCCGACGUGAGCAUACCCAAUUCUGUGCAUGCUUUCAUGACCGCUGAGGCCAUCAGGAAAGUGCACCCAGACAAGGACUGGCUUUGGCUCACGGGCUUCUUACAUGACCUUGGUAAAGUGAUGUCGUGCUGGGGUGAAGAGCAGUGGUGUGUCGUUGGUGACACCUUCCCAGUUGGUUGCGAGUUCAGCAAGGACAUAGUGUUCUCUCAUCAGUUCGAAGGGAACCCGGACUCAAGGCACGCACUAUAUUCCACCAAGUAUGGUAUGUACGAACCUCAGUGUGGGCUCGACAACCUCCUUAUGGGCUUUGGUCAUGAUGAGUAUCUCUACCAAGUGCUGACCAACCAUCCAACCUGUACUCUUCCCCCUGAGGGUCUCUGGUGCGUCCGCUACCACAGUUUCUACCCCUGGCACGACAAAGGUGCCUACAGCCACUUAAUGGCUCCUGAGGAUUCUGCUAAGGUCGAUAUUGUCAAAGAGUUCAAUAAGUUCGACUUGUACUCGAAGGGAGACGACUUGCCUGAGGUGGCUCAGCUCGAACCCCUGUACCUGGCCCUAGCCGAGAAGUACGGUCUUGGCGGCAAGAUUCGUUGGUAGCGUUGGAUUCAUCCGUUCACGACGAGAUCGUUCUCGUCAUUUCUGUGAGGAUGAGUUCAUGUCGUUGAUUUUUUACAUUGUGACUGUGUACUUUCAUGUUGCUUGCUUUUCGUUUUCAUAUCCGAGUUCGGUGCCUCUCGGACGGAGAGUCUCCAAGUGUUGCGACCGCGUUUAGUGGCACGCACAAACGGUGGCUCUCCAGGAACGUGCUUGGAGUCACUUUACCCCUGAGCUGUAGGUUUGCUGUCCUACACUAUCCCGACCGUCAUUGCUUUGAUAC